CGGCUGCGAGCGCGCCGGGCGGGCAGGAGCCGCCACCGCCACCCUCUCCUGCCCGCUCACCUGCCCCGCUCCGCUCCGCUCCUCACCCGCCCCUCCCCGCCCCGCGUCCCCCCGGCGCCGGAGGGAGCCCGGUCCCGCCGGAGCGGUUCCGGGGGGGAGCACGGCAGCGGCACAGGCUCGGUGAUCGGGACGGGCGGGGGUCCGUCAGCGCAGGGACGGGACGGGUGGUCAGCCCGGGACGGCCGGGCUGGCUUAGGGGGUCGCUCGCUGCCGUCGCUCCUCACGGAGCGACGGCCGGGGCGGCGAGGAGUGCGAGGGGGCUCGCACCCCGCACCUCGCACCCCGCCGUGGAGCCCGAGGGGAGAGAGAGGAGCGCCGAGUGCGGCAGCGGCUGCCGGCAUUUGCUGGGGUGGGCAGGGAACCAGGAGCAGGAGUCGCACCCGCGGCUGGGAGCGGGGAAUCCGCUCCGCGGAAACCUCGGGGGCAGAGAUAACCCUCGCUCAAAGAGGUUUUGAGGGGAAGGGGAAAUUGAAUGUAGACGCAUAUUGGUAGUUCUGCUGAAAUAAUCAAGUGCCGAAGGCAGAUCUUAGGCAGAGAAGGUGGAGGGAUGGAUCCCACUGUUUUGGAUGUCGGCUUGAAUUUUUUAUUUACUUUUCUGUUUUGACCACUGCUAAAUGUGGAUUUUGCGAGCGAACCCUAUGGCGGUUGUUCCAUUGUUCCUUGUUUGAACGUAAAUCUUAGUCCUGGUGCUUGUGGAUUUUUUAUUUAUUUAUUUAUUUAUUUAUUUAUGGAAAGGACCAUUCCAGGUAGCUUUUGCGUCUGACAAAAUGAAGCCUUUGUAUUUUUCGGUCAAUUAUACCUAAUAUUGACAUUCUGUUUGGUACAAGAGACUUAAAGUGCUGCCUCACUCAGAGGACCAUUAGAGACUUUCUCGGUCGCUACAUGUAGCUGAAUGUGUUACGACACAUCCUUUCUCCCCCCUCAAAUCUUCCUAAAGAUUUUUCAAAAAUGAAGAAAUUUAAUUUUCGCAAAGUUUUGGAUGGUUUAACUGCCGCAUCCCCUGUUGGAAGCAUUGGCGGUGGCAGUGGAAGUGGGGCUGGUGGCUCCGUGCACCCAGGAGGGACUGCGGGAGCUGCAGGGACACCCAGAGAGGAGAUCCAGGAGACGCUCACUUCAGAUUAUUUUCAGAUCUGUAAGACGGUUCGCCAUGGCUUUCCUUACCUCCCCACUGCCUUAGCGUUUGACCCAGUUCAGAAAAUUCUGGCAAUUGGAACAAGAACAGGAGCCAUACGAAUAUUGGGCAGGCCUGGUGUUGAUUGCUACUGCCAACAUGAAAGUGGUGCUGCAGUUCUGCAGCUCCAGUUCUUAAUCAAUGAGGGUGCUUUGGUCAGUGCGUGUGCAGAUGAUGCGCUUCAUUUGUGGAACCUCCGGCAGAAACGACCAGCUAUUCUACAUUCUCUGAAAUUUAACAGAGAAAGGAUUACUUACUGCCAUCUACCUUUCCAGAGUAAAUGGCUUUAUGUUGGAACAGAGAGAGGAAAUACACACAUUGUAAAUAUUGAGUCCUUCAUUCUUUCUGGAUAUGUUAUCAUGUGGAACAAGGCAAUAGAACUAUCCACCAAGACUCACCCUGGCCCAGUUGUACAUUUAAGCGACAGCCCAAGAGACGAGGGAAAACUGUUGAUAGGCUAUGAAAAUGGGACCAUCGUGUUCUGGGACUUACGAUCUAAAAGAGCCGAUCUGAGAGCUUAUUAUGAUGAGGCUAUUCAUUCUGUUGCUUGGCAUCAUGAAGGGAAGCAGUUCAUGUGUAGCCACUCUGAUGGCAGCUUGACCCUAUGGAAUCUGAAAAGCCCUAACAGACCAUUCCAGACCACAAUUCCACACGGAAAAGUUCAAAGAGAUGGAAAAAAACCUGAAUCUUGUAAACCAAUUCUUAAAGUAGAGUACAAGACCUGUAAAAACAGUGAACCAUUUGUGGUAUUUUCUGGUGGAUUGUCAUAUGAUAAGCCUUGUCGAAGACCAAGUUUAACAAUCAUGCAUGGGAAAGCAAUUACAGUUCUUGAAAUGGAUCAUCCUAUAGUUGAUUUUUUAACUCUUUGUGAAACCCCAUAUCCAAAUGAAUUUCAAGAACCUUAUGCUGUAGUUGUACUUUUGGAAAAAGAUCUCAUUGUCGUUGACCUGACACAAACCAAUUUUCCAAUCUUUGAAAAUCCAUAUCCUAUUGACAUUCAUGAGUCACCUGUUACCUGCACAGAAUAUUUUGCGGACUGUCCUCCAGAUUUGAUCCCUGUACUCUAUUCUGUAGGAGCAAAACAUAAAAAGCAAGGAUACAGCAAUAAGGAGUGGCCUAUCAGUGGUGGAGCAUGGAACCUUGGAGCUCAGACAUAUCCUGAAAUCAUUAUUACAGGCCAUGCAGAUGGAUCAGUAAAAUUUUGGGAUGCUUCUGCCAUUACUCUACAGAUGUUGUACAAACUAAAAACAUCAAAGGUCUUUGAAAAACAGAAAGUGGGAGAAGGAAAAGCAACAGCUGAGAUUGUGGAAGAAGAUCCUUUUGCUGUUCAGAUGAUGUACUGGUGUCCUGAAAGCCGAAUUUUCUGUGUGGCAGGAGUUUCUGCCUAUGUGAUUGUUUACAGGUUCAGCAAACAUGAAGUAAAUACUGAAAUUGCAUCAUUAGAGGUACGACUUCAGUGCGAAGUAGAAGACAUCAUUACUCCUGAACCAGAAACAAAUCCUCCAUUUCCAGAUGCCUCCUCCCAGCUUCCUUCUUUAAAGAGCCUUUCAGGCAGUACCAACACUGUAGCAUGUGAAGGAACGAUGAAGGACAGUAUCCCAUGUCUUAGCGUUAAGGCUCGACCUGUGCGGAUGCCUCCUGGCUACCAGGCAGAUCUGGUUAUCCAGUUGGUGUGGGUGGAUGGUGAGCCUCCACAACAGAUUACCAGUCUUGCUGUAAACUCUGCUUAUGGACUAGUGGCUUUUGGGAACUGCAAUGGUUUGGCUGUUGUGGAUUUCAUGCAGAAGACAGUCCUGCUGAGCAUGGGCACCCUCGACCUCUAUGGAUCCAGUGAUCCGUACCAGCGGCAGCCCCGCUCACCCCGCAAGAGCAGGCAGUUUGCUGCAGGCCUGACUGAACUCAGUGACAGUCCAGUUUCCCUGGAGCUUGAGCGUUGCAAGUCUCCCACUUCAGAUCACGUGAAUGGUCACUGUACAAGCCCAACAUCCCAGAGCUGCAGUUCAGGCAAACGACUUUCCAGUGCAGAUGUGUCGAGAGCAAACCGCCGAGGGCCCGGCAGGCCCCCCUUCAGGAAAGCCCAGUCUGCAGCCUGCAUGGAGAUUUCUCUCCCAGUCACCACAGAAGAAAAUAGGGAAAACUCCUUCAGCCGUUCCCGAAGCUCCAGCGUGUCCAGUAUCGACAGGGACUCCAAGGAGGCAAUCACAGCUUUGUACUUCAUGGAGUCCUUUGCCCGAAAGAACGACUCUGCUGUUUCCUCCUGCCUCUGGGUCGGAACAGGCCUCGGAAUGGUCAUAAUCCUGUCCCUUAAUCUGCCUGCCAGCGAUGACUUACGGCAGUCAGAGCCGGUCAUGGUGUCACCAAGUGGCACCGUCCUGACACUGAAGGGAGCCGUGCUGACCUUCGCGUGCUUGGACUGCAUGGGGACACUGACACAUCAGCCCUAUGAAGUAUGGAGGGAUCCACACAGUGCUGAUGACGGUGACAAAACAAGGAAAAGGAAACUUGUCAUGCAUUCCCCUUCCUCCUCCCAGGAUAUGGGUGAUCAUCAAUUUGCAGUCAUUUGUUCAGAAAAACAAGCCAAAGUCUUCUCAUUGCCUUCCCAAACAUGUCUUUAUGUCCACAACAUCACCGAAACGUCCUUUUUAUUGCGAGCAGAUGUGGUCACCCUCUGUAACAGCGUCUGUCUGGCGUGCUUUUGUGCUAAUGGGCACAUCAUGACACUGAGCUUGCCCAGCCUUCGCCCACUGCUGGACAUCAACUAUUUGCCUGUGACAGACAUGAGGAUAGCACGGACCUUUUGUUUCACUAACGAAGGGCAGGCUCUGUACCUGAGCUCUCCCACAGAGAUCCAGCGCCUGACCUACAGCCAGGAGAUGUGUGACAACCUGCAGGACAUGCUUGGGGAUUUGUUUACUCCUGUGGAAACACCAGAAGCCCAAAACAGAGGCUUCCUCAAAGGACUUUUUGGAGGAAGCGGACAAGCUUUUGACAGGGAGGAGCUUUUCGGCGAGGCCACAGCAGGAAAAGCCUCUCGCAGCCUCGCCCAGCACAUCCCUGGAUCCGGCGGGAUUGAAGGCGUGAGAGGAGCCGCAGGCGGGGUCAUUGGGGACCUGACCCGAGCGCGCAUCGCCCUGGACGAGAGGGGACAGAAGCUGGGCGAGCUGGAUGAAAGGACUGCCAGCAUGAUGGCCAGCGCAGAGGCGUUUUCCAAACAUGCACACGAGGUGAUGCUCAAAUACAAGGACAAAAAGUGGUACCAGUUUUAGACUUUCAAAGAAGCUGCUUGUGGCUUUAUUAAGAACACUUUUCAGGGAAGCAGCCUUUAUUCCCAGAUCUACCAGUCACUGGCCAGAGACAGUUUUUUCUCCAAGAAGAUGUUUUCCUGUUACUGUUAUUGGAUUCAUCACAGUGGACGUCAAGGAGAAAUUUUACAGACCGUGGGAUGGAAGCUGGAAUCAUGAGGGUCUUUCCAACAGCUGACUCUUGGGGGGGCCAAUUUUUUCCCAAAAGGAACUCAACCAUCACUGUGGCAUGUAGUUUUUCAGAAGCUGUAGGUAUGAACUAUGGGGAGUGCGUCUGGUUAAAAAUAUUCUGUACAAACUCGAAUGUUAAUGCACUUAUAAAACUUUGCAUGACUAACUGCCAACUUAAAAAAAAAAAAAAAAAAAAAGAGAAAAAGGAAGCAUGUUGUGACCGAAGAAAAAUGGGAUUUAUUUCUAUUCUGAGCAAAAAAAAAAAAAAAAGAAAAAAAAGAAAAAACACCUUAAAUGACAAAAAUCUUUAUUUUUUAAAAAUUACAUUAUGAAAAGCCAGGAUAUUUCAAGCAUGUUUGCUACUGUUCUCCACAUAAAAAUUAGUUGAGCUGCAUUUUCUUAUCUGCUAUUUAUUUGCCCAAGGCAGUGCUCUUUAACUCCUACCAGAAAAAUAAAUAAAUUUAAAAUCCUAUCCCCAAAAUUUAACGAUUUUGCAGGUAGCUGGACAGGCACUAUCUAAAAAGAUCAUUAAGGCAUGUGCAUAGAUGGUUUAUUUGCAAUUCAGAGCACAUGAAACAUCAUCCCAAUCUAUACUUUUUAAAAUGUGCUCUAGAUUCAUCUGCUUUCCUUGAAGGGGGGCCGUGGCACUUUUCAUCCCCGUGGAGUCUGUAUCACUUGGUUGCCUUAUUUCCCAGUAACAGGAAUAGAAAACCACCUUUGGAAAGCAUUUCUUCAAGUUAGGAAAGGCAAGGUGGGAAACCACAGUCCCAUCAAAUAAGCUGCUCUGCAAGCUGCUAAAGCAGCCUCUGUGAGCAGUAAGUGCUCAGUGGAAAUGAUGAGAGGGGGCCUGCACAGAAAUCCCCCCAAACCUGUGACAGAGAGAGAGAUUAGAGCAGGAACACUACACAGUGGGCCAGGGAGGAGCAUGGAAAACCAUUGUCAACAUAUAUAUGGAACACAGAUAUAAAGUGACACCAUGGUGAGUGGCAAUUUGUACUCUGCUCACACUGCUAAAAUUUGCUUCUGCUUCAGAGCGGCUUGUUUGGUUUUUGCAGUGAAUGCUGCAGGAAACUCUGCAACCUGCAGCCACAGAAGAGAACAGUAAGCUGGAUUUAUUGCCUAUCCUUCUGGAGUGCUCCACCCUAUCCUACAAGACUCACAGGUCAAAUCUUGGGUUAGAAAUUUUUCUAAGACUGGCCUGGAAACAAGGCACUGAAGGCUUGUUUUCAUGUGUCUGGACAUAGUUUCAAAUUAGAAAAAAGAAAGUGAGGAAAAACUGGAAAAACAGCCUUUAAAAUUUUUCUUUUGAGGAAGUAUAAUAUCUUCUGUCUCUUUGAGGAAUCCUGAUGGACACUGAUGGAGACAGGCACCUUCCACUCCCACCUAGACCUUAAUUUCACUGGUGUUUGUAUCAUCACAGUGUUCAGAUGAUCCCUCUCAAAGACAUCUUCUUCUUCCUUUGCCUACAAUAAAAAACAGCCCAGGAAGCUGUACCAUCCACAAGUCUGGCCUCACAACUGGCCCCUGCACAAGUUAAAGGGUUGAAAGAGAUUUGAGGAGUUAAGUUUUAAAUUCCCAUUGUAGCAGAACAGAAUUUCAUGAUUUACAGGAUUUUUACAUUUUGCUGUAGCCAAAACCAAAAUGAUGGACAGGUCUAGCUCAACUGGCAGUGAGACUUCACAAGUUUCUCUGGCACAGGAGAAACUGCUCUAUGGUGUCAGAACUAUAGAAACUUGGCAGGGAAAAAGGUCAAAGCCUGAGCAAUGUCUAGGUUUCUGGUGAGAGCUCAGGAACUGGAGUUUUCCAUGACCCAAGAGGAUUUCUCAGUGUGCAUGUGUGCAAGGAUAAGCCAAAUUUGCCAAUCUGAUGCCAAUAGGAUCUGGGUUGGGGAAUUCCUUCCAGGGGCUGGGUCACAGAAGUAACCACUUGUGCCUGUGAGGAAGCACCGCUCUAAGCAGGCAUCAAGAAUGAGAAAUAAAGGAGAUUAUGGCAAUUUGAUCUUCAGUCCAAACCUGCAUUCACUGGGCCUGUGCUCUGGCCUGUAAUCCAGACCCACUGUCUCUGGGCAACACAAUCAUUUGGGGCAGCAUUCAAAAUGUCCAGCAGCCAGAUUAUUUUCCGUUCUGCCCUGGUGUGUGGCAGUCAGAAGCAGCCCCAGAGGCUGAUUGGAAUCAUGGGAUCUUUGAAGAAAACUUAAGAGCAACUUCUGACUGCUGAUCACUGCAGCUCACCCAGAGAGAAAAGUGUCCUCAGCAAGUCUUCACACAAGGCCCAACCGACUCUGGCUGCCAACAGUCUUUAACACCAGGGUGAAAAAAAAAAACUGCCAGUAGAUUUCCAUUUGCAUUUUUAUGCAACAGAGAAAUGAAAAUUUAGCAGCCCUCAAACUUACAGUUUUUAGUGCUAAACUUUUAAGCAACUUUUCUUUAGUACUCCCCAUCAGGUCACAGCUUUCAACUCGUAUAUUUUACAUAUUUCCAUACAGUUACCAAUUACAAUUUCUGUUAAGUUCACCACUUGUGACUAUAAUUAUCAAUUUUCUUGUAGUCUGUAGAGAUCUAAAAAGUUGUAUAUGUUUGUAUAUAGAACAUUCUAUAUAUAUAAUAUAUAUAUGUAAUGUAUAUGUUGUAUAAGUUUGUUAGUGCACACUGUUAAAUGCUUUCUAUCAAGAUUUACCAUGUAUGUGGAAAAAACCCAUCACUUAAAAAGUUCAGUGAGGGAGGAAAAACUCUUGCCUGGGUGAUUUAUUGUGAAAUGAGGAGGAGUGUGGGAUUUUUGCAAGGCUUGCCCUGCACGCUGCUCAAGGCUGUCAGUGACAGGCACAAAGGAGCUGCAGCAUUCCCAGCGAGGAGCAUCUGACUCUGAGAAAGACCGUAGGACUGGGACUGGCUGGAGGAAAAUCAAGGACAUUGGCUGUCACUGGAUGUUGAGAUCUUUCUGUGCUUUUACCUUUCCCACUCAGACAGCAGCACCUCAAGCAAAAUCCCAAGCUUAGAUGUCUCUUCAGCCUCGCAAUCCUCAGCUACACCAGGCCAGAUUGGCUGGAAGUAUUAGUUCAGUUUAAAAUGCUGUUUGUUCAUUUAGAUACUUUGUUCUCUCACCUUCUUCUCUCCAGGAGCUCUGUCACAAUCAGAUCCAAAACCAGUUACACAGAACUUCCAACAGCACACACACCUUUGGGUUUGACCAGAUGUUUGUAACUUUAUGUCUAGUGCUGUAGAUAGAGAGAAAAAAUGCAUUGAAUUAGAUUAUUUUAAGUCUGCAGAGUUGGCAAGUCUUCAAUGAAGUACAAGCUACUUUAUUUAUUAAUAAAAAAAUUAAAUCUAUUCCUAGAGCUUUAACUUCAGUUGCAAACCUUGAAUUAAAAGACAUGACAAUUGAAA